CUCUGAUUAUAUGGAUUAAAAACCGUAAAAAAAACAAAUCUAAAGUGUAAUUUGUCAUUUCCUAAGUGUAAUUGAAAGUUUUUGUUAUUAAUUUUAAUGUCAAAUGUUCGUUUUAUUAUGUUUAUCUUAUAAUUUUUGAAGAACAUAUUGAAAAUUAAUUCACUGCGCAAAUAGUUGAGUGUUGUAUAACCAAUAAGUGUAUCAAAUAAUUGUUAAUAUAUACAAUGUCAGAAACAAAGGCAUCAAAUUUACGACAACCUUCGAAAAUCGGAAGGCCUUGCAGUGCUGCACCUCCUAAGCCUGCAGUACCACCGACACCACCGAGAGCAUCAAUGAAUCUCAUGGAGCACCUUUGGGAAACGCAUGGUCGCCGUUUGAGUGAGGCGGGUUUAAGAAGGGGAUCAGAUAAUAGUGUGGUCCUAACGGAAGACACAGACAGCUUUAUAAUAGGUGAUCGAGUAUGGGUCGGUGGAACGAAACCUGGACAAAUUGCAUACAUCGGAGAAACACAAUUUGCCCCUGGGGAUUGGGCUGGAAUUGUUCUCGAUGAGCCAAUCGGGAAAAAUGAUGGUUCAGUGGCUGGUUGUCGGUAUUUUCAAUGCGAACCAAAACGUGGUAUUUUCUCCCGAUUAUCUCGACUCACACGACAACCAUUAUCUCGUGAUGCCUGCACAACAUCUCCAACAUCACCGACUGAAAGUACCAGAUACUCCUUCAACCAAUCCAUGUCUCCCUCGCUAAACACAUCCACCACAAGCCUUUCAUCGGUAACUCACAAAGACCUUCGGACAGGAGAGAGAGUUAUAAUAUCCUCUAGCCAAGGGAGUAAAAUAGGAGUUCUUAGGUAUCUGGGCACAACUGAAUUCGCACCCGGAGAAUGGUGUGGAGUUGAACUGGAUGAACCUUGUGGAAAGAAUGACGGAUCAGUCGAUAAUAAGAGGUACUUUGAGUGCCGUCCAAAAUACGGUCUAUUUGCACCAGUACACAAAGUAAGUCGAUCACCGUCGAACAAGAAAGCAGGAAUGUGCAUCGUUCAUAGACCAUCGGGGGCUGCAUUAAAUACAUCUUUAAGAAAAUUGGGUUCGAGAGAAUCUCUCCUCUCGACGAGUACAACGGCAAGUGUUGCUGCUGCAGCGAAAAGUGUCUCUUCAACAUCCAGGAGAACCUCUAUGUAUGUCAAACCACCUGCUCGAACUUCACUGCAGGAUGUGCUGAAGGAGAAACAAAUGGAGAUCGAGACCCUGCGUAAAGAACGAAAUUUAGAACGCGAGAGAGUUACAAAAGCUGCUAAUCAGGCAGAUCAAGCUGAACAAUCGAUAAUUAACUUAAAACGAGAAUAUGACAAGUUUCGACAAGAUACGGAGAAAACUAUUCACGAUUCUCAAAGUGCGUUAGAACAAUUAAUGAAGGAAAAAAGUGUCCUCGGCACACAAUUAGAAGAAGAAAAGAGAAAAUGUGAAGAUCUUCAAUUUCGUUACGAAGAAGAAUCUAUUGACAAGGAUGACAUUCAGAAUCAGAAAAGUGAACAGAGCGUAAUAAAUACAAAAAAUGAAAAUACAAUCAAGGAACUCGAGAAGCAAAUUGCCGAAGAAAAGGAACGAAUUGUUUUGCUUGAAAAGGAAAAUUCCAAAUUAUUCGAAGCUGAAGAAGAAUUAACUCGUCUUCGUAUUGAGCUUCAAGCUUUUCAAGAAAAAGACGAAGUGAAAGUUUUACUAGAGCACAAUAAAAAAUUAGAGGAGGAAAAAUGUAGACUUGAGAAAAAAAUGGAAGAAAAUGUUUCUGCAAUGCAACAAUACGUUGUUGAAAUAGAAAAUAUUAAAUUAACAUUAGGCAAGAAAGAAGAGGAGAAUGAUUCUAGUAAACAAUCGGCUUUAUCGUGGCAAAAAACUGCCGAGGAAGGACAACGGAUUCUACAAGAAAAAUGCGAAAUUAUUGAAAAAAUGCAAAAAGAAUAUUCCCUUAAUGCCGAAGCUUUGAAUAAAGAAAUUCAGAGAUUGCAAGAAAUAAUCGAAACAAUCACCAAUCAGCAUAAAAUAGAGAAAGAAGAUAUUAUCAUAAAACAUGAAAACAUACUCAAGGAACAAUUAACGGAAAAAGAAAAUAAAUUACAAGAAAUUACAUCUCAAUUGGAGCAGAAAACGAUCGAAACUAAUAAAUUAAUGUCGGAUUUGAAUUUCUUGCAGGAAAAACAAAAAAAUUCUGAUAGUGAAAUUGAAAAAUUGAGGAGUAAUUCAAACGAGUACCUCGAGAAAUUAAAAGUAACUGAAGAAAACAACAAUGUACUUAAUCAAAAUAUAAAAGAGCUGCAAGAAAAAUUAGUGGAAAAUAAUAUUAAAAAUUCUCAAGAAAAACAUGAUUUGGAAGAAAAGAUAACGGCACUGUCGAGUCAACUUGAAAACAAUUUAUUAGAAUUAACAAAAUUAGAUCAAGACUUAAAAACAAAAGAGACUGAAUUAGAAAAACUUCGAAGUACAAAAGAAACGGAAGUGGAGGAAGUGAGAUGUAAUCUUCAGCGUGAAGUUGAUGAUAAAUUGAAGCACAUACAGGAAAUAAGUACCGACUUUGCUCAACAAUCAUUAAAAAUCAAUCAUCUCGAGAAAGAAAUUGACAAUCUUAGAAAUAUCAUUGCCAAUAAAGACGAAGAAAUCAAGAAUCUUUUGGAGAAAAAUACAGAAUUGAAAGAAGCUCUGACAUUUUUCGAACAAACGAAAACCAAUCUUGAAAGUGAACUUGCAAUGUAUGAAACUAAUGUUCAAGAUUUGAAUAAAACAAUUAAGCAGAAUGAAGAGAAAUUGGGUCAAUUAGUAGAACAAAAGGCAAAAUUGGAAGAGGAAAUAGCAAAUGUGAUAAGUUCGUCAUCGGAUUCUUCUCAGCAAUUAACAAAAUACAAUGAGGAUCUUCGAAAAAAAGAAAAGGAAUUAGAUAAGUCACAAGAAAAAAUAUUUGAACUAGAAAAAUUAUUAUCGACAGCAGAAGCAAAAUCGUCAACACUCGAACAAGAAAUAAUUCGAGUAAAUUCCCUCAAGGAAAAAUUAGAAACCGAACAGAAUGAAACAAGAAAUCAACUUCAAAUUAAAGUCAAUGAAACUAUAGAAUUCAGCAAUAAAAUUGCAGACUAUGAAAAAAGGGAACAAGAACAUAUCCAAUUUUUAGAGAAGAAUAAAGAAGCUCAAAGCACAUUGCAUCAAAAGACUGAAGAAUUAAAUAAAUUAACAAACGAUUUAGCCAAAGCACAACAAGAAGUUUCUUCAUUAACCGAAAAAUUAACAACUUUGGAAAUGGAAAAUAAAACCGAAAAACAGAAUUUCGAAAAAUUAUUGAAUGAAUUAAAAGAGCAAAUGAAAAUUUCUGAAGAGAGAGUAAAAUCUACAGAAAAUUUAAAGAGUCAACUAGAAAUAGAGAAAGUGGAAAAUGAAAAUACAAUUAAAGAUAUAAAGGAGAAAUUAAAUUCUGAAACAAAUUCUCGAUCUGCCUUAGAGGAGAAAAACAAAUCGUCCGAACAAGAACUCAAUGAUUUAAAUAAUCGCCUCAAAAAAUUCGAAACCGAAAAUAAUGAACUAAACACCGAACUCAAAGAACUUAACGCCAACUAUAACGAUUCACGAAAAGAAUUAAAUCUCCUAAAAUCGACAUACACCAAUCUCACCACCGAAAAUUCCGAAGAACUCACAAAUCUAAGACAACAAUUAUUAAACUCUGAAUCCGAAAAAGAAAACCUAAAAAAAUCCCUCAAUCAACUGCAAACAUCACUAAACGAAACAAACAAUCAAUUAUCAACCACCAACCAAAAUAAAGAAAUCCUCAAUGUAAAAUUACUCCAAACCGAAACACAAUUCACCGAAAAGAAUAAUCAACUCCUCAAACAAACAAAAAUUCUCGAAGAUCUCGAAAAUCAAUUAAAAUCCAAAUCCGAAGAACAAUUAAAAACCUCCAAUGAAUUAUCAAUCGAAAAUUCAACACUAAAGGAAAAAUUAAAAUCCUUAGAGUUGCAUUUAACCGAAGCUCAAGAGGAAUUAACGAAAAAGAAUAAUCACCUCAAUGAAUUGGAGAAUAAGACAGAUCAAUUGACAAAAUCCGAGAAAAUUGCUCUUAAUUUGAAAAAUUCUUUGGAAGUGGAAAUAAAAAAUCUCCUCACCGAGGCGAAUAUUGAGCAGAAUAAUGAUUUCGAGGGUAUGAAACAUCUCGCGGAAUUACUAAAUAAACAGAAGGGGGAAUUAACCAAAAAAGAAACGAUCAUUGUUGAAUUGGAGGGGAAAAUUAAUUUACUAAACGAAACGCAUAGUCAAAAAUCGAAAGUAGAACAGGAUUCGCGAAAUAAUGAGAUUAAAAUUAUACAGAAAGAAUUAAAUGAUAUUAGGAAUGAAAAAAUAAAUUUGGAAUUGACGAAAAAUGGUGUUGAACAAUCGUUGAAUGAGGCGGAGGAAAAAUUGCAAAAUUUGGCGAAAUCGGUGAAAAUAAAGGAGAAGGAGGCGGAAAAGAAUGCGCAAAAUUUAGUUGAGAAAGUAAAUUUAUUAACUCAGGAAUGUUCACAAUUGAAGGACAUAAAAAUUAGACUAGAAGAGGAAAAUAAGAAACUAUUGGAAAAGUCUGCUAAAAAAACUGAUAGCAUGAAUUUGACUAAUAAAAAUAUGGAAAUGAAUGCGAAUAGUUUAAUUCCAUCAGCAGGUGGCGAUUCCAAAAUAAAUACAACUGGACAAAAAAUGGACUACAAAAAGCUCGUGGAAGAGCACGACUUGUUUAAAGGACAAAUUGAUUUUUUGAAUUCCGUCAUAGUGGAUAUGCAGAAAAAGAACGAGAAUUUAUUGUGCAAGAUUGAAGUUCUGGAAAUGGGAGUUCCAGCGAAUGAAGCUGACGAUUACAAUAGAAGCACCUUAGAAAAAAGAUUAGCACCACCUCGAAUGUUCUGCGAUAUUUGUGACCAGUUUGAUUUACACGAAACGGAGGAUUGCCCACGUCAAUCACAAGAUUCUGAAUUAGAACCAAAAGAUUCGAGAGCAGCUAAAAAGAGUCGUAUUGAGAGACCUUAUUGUGACAAUUGUGAGGUUUUUGGUCAUGACACUGAGGCAUGCGAGGACAAUGAAACUUAUUAACAAUAUCAGAUGGAGAAAAGAAUUGUAAAUUACAAGCUUGCCAAAAUAGAAGAACGAAAUACUAGAAAAGUUUGUUGAAUUUUCAAAGUAUAUUUUUUUACGUCUAACUUCUUCCGUCUGUAAUAUUUGUCUUCCUGGACAGAAUUAAUUGUCUUAUUUGAAAGUAUAAUACGUAUUUUUUUAGCUCUUUAUUGUUCGCUAUUUUAUAUAAUUAUUAAAAAAGAUAUUAGGGCAAGUAAUUUUCCUGAGAAAUUAAUCUUUUAAGUUUUCAAAAUUUCGAUUAAUUUUCAGGUUUUACUUUAAGUUAUUUAUAUUUUGCUCUAAUAUUUUUAACUGAGUAAAAAUGUGAGUUUGCUGUAUCAUGUGUUGAACGCAUUAGUCUUUAUAUAAAAUUGUAACGCGUUAUUAAUUAUAUUCUUGUAAAGAAAAAUUAAUUUAAGUAGUUAAUAGUUUUAGACAUAUUUUAAACAUUGUUAAAUUUUACUAGACUUUUUCCAGUAACGCGUUACUUUUAAAUAAACUGGAUAAUGUUUGAUAAAAAAUUAUAUUUAAUUAGAAAAAUUCAAUAUUGUCUUAUAGGAAAAGUAAUAGUUGUGGAUUGUAAACGAGAGAAAAAAAAAUUUGUUUGCCAAAGCACAAUGAAACUCUGUAAAUAUUAAUGUAUAAAAAAAUUAAAGAUAAACAAUAUUUAUUAAUAAUGCUUAAUGCUUAUAAAAAUAACUUAAUACAUUGUACUGUUGAAUAUU